UUAAAAGGUGUAUCUGUGUCAAGUGAUAGUGAAAAAAUUAAUUAACAAAAUAAUUUAAAGUGAAUUCGCAAAACCUGAAUCAAAUAAUGGCCACCAAGACGAACACAGUGGAGCGCACCGCUAACGGAGCUGCCAAGUCAUCUAGCCUGCGAGAAAUUUGCGCGCGCGCCAUCACAAAAUCGGAGUGGGAGGACAAGGAGGAGUUUCUGGACGUCAUAUACUGGUCCCGCCAGGUGUUUGGCAUUAUCCUGGGCGUAAUCUGGGGCGUUGUGCCGCUGAAAGGCUUCCUGGGCCUCGUACUUUUUGCCGGCAUCAGUUGCGGUAUUGUGUAUCUGUACGCCAUCAACUUCCAGAAUGUGGACGAGGACGCCUACGGCGGGGUUUGGGAGCUGGUGAAGGAGGGCUUUAUGACCUCGUUUGCGGGUUUCCUGGUGACGUGGAUCAUCUUCUAUACGGGGCUGCACUACGACACAAUAAUGGCGGCGAAGGCCUCGUAAUACUCGCCAGAUGCCGCCACCGCAGCAUCCAAGCAAUAACCGAUUCCAGAACCAGAUCCUAAUCCCCAGUUUCCCGCAGGUCUAAUUGCGAAGCCAAAUAAGAUAACCGCUCCUCCUGUUUUGUCCCCUUUAAACUCGGUGUAAAUUGUUAAACUUUUAGCUAAUUAUGGUCAUGUACAUGCAUUUCUAAGAUGGCCAUCGACAACGCCAGAUCUUUCCGUGAAAGGUCCCAGCCAGCGGCCUAGUUGAGAACAAAAGAUACUUUAUAUUUGUGUAUGUCUAGAAUGCAGAAUACGAUGAAACAA